UAUGUGUUCGUGCACGGUAUAUCUAAUUGAAAAUGAGAUCAACCAUUUCUCUCUGUCUGCAGAUGAUGCCAGGAAAAAAAUCUUGAGAAAAAACAAGCACCACAUCAUCUGAAGAUCUUCAUGCUAGAAGGAUCCCAACACUAGAUGAUGGAAUUACCAUUGAUGCACUGAAGGUCCGAGUUGACUACACAAGCAGAUAGUGAGAAUCUCUUGAACAGAGGCACAGAGUGGUUUCAUUGGCGGCAAAAAUGGCCCUUCUGAUAGAAAGGAACUAGCUGAAAGGAUCUGGUUCAGACCCACCUGGAAACCCCCUCGAAGUACCACAUCCAGCAGAGCCAGAGGCAGCAGGUGAAGCACUACCUGUCCAGUGCACUAGGAGCCAAGCUGAGCCCACAGGCCAGCACAGGGCCCGGCCCCAGCCAGCCCGCCGAGCACGGCAUGACCCCGGGACCCGGAGCCAGCGCUCCCAACAGCCCUAUGGCCCUUCUCACCCUCAACUGUGAGAAAGAGAUGGACGAUGUAAUUGAAGACAUUAUAAGUUUGGAAUCAAGCUACAGUGAUGACAUUCUUGGGUUCAUGGAUGCAGGACUUCAAAUGACAAACACGAUUCCAGUUUCAGCAAACCUGCUGGACAUGUACAGCAAUCAUGCUCUUCCUCCAGCUGGAGUUUCCAUCAGUAACUCCUGCCCCUCAAGCCUGCCGGCCGUCAAAAGGGAAUUAUCCGUUACUCCAUCUCCGGGCAUGAUGCACAUAAUGGACAAAGCUGGACCAUGUGGCAAGUUUGACUCUUAUCAAAGACCUGAUGGCUUUCCAGUAGAAGCAGAAGUCAGAGCCCUGGCAAAAGAGAGACAAAAGAAGGACAACCACAACCUCAUUGAACGAAGAAGGCGGUUUAAUAUCAAUGACAGAAUUAAGGAGCUGGGGACUUUAAUUCCCAAGUCAAAUGAUCCAGACAUGAGGUGGAAUAAAGGCACCAUCCUGAAAGCAUCAGUGGAUUACAUUAGGAAAUUGCAGAAAGAGCAGCAGAAAGCAAAAGAGCUGGAAAACAGACAGAAGAGACUAGAACACGCAAACAGACAUCUCCUGCUCCGUAUUCAGGAACUUGAAAUGCAAGCCCGUGCUCAUGGACUCACCGUUGUAGCUUCUUCCAGCCUUUAUUCCGCUGAGUUAGUGGCUCGAGCAAUCAAACAAGAGCCUGGGAUGGGGGACUGCACAUCCAAUUUGUACCCACACCUUCCCAGUCCUGACAUGUCCCGUCCUACCACUCUGGACCUCAACAACGGCACCAUCAGCUACAAUGACAGUCCCACGGAGGACGGCGAGCCGGGGGUCUACGACAGCCCAAACAAGGCCUCCACCAAGCUGGAGGACAUGCUUAUGGACAACACCCUGUCUCCGGUGGGCAGCAGCGACCCGCUGUUGUCCUCCGGAUCCCCAGUACCUUCCAACAGUAGCGGCAGCAGCAGUAUGGACGAACAUGACAAUGGCUGUUAGCAAUGCCAACUAAAUUUCAUGAACCAAAGUUAGACAAUUAGAUUUGUGUGUGUGUGUGUCUUGUAAGUACCAGUGUUACAUCCAGAUCAUGAAGAGCGCAAUUUCGUAAAGUAUUAAUCUUGUAUUUCAGAAUAUUUAGUGUGCUUGUGUAUAUAUUUUUUCAUUUAUCAUGUCAGAGUCUAGUCAAGAAUGAAAUCGUGUAAACAAUUAGUUGAUUUUUGAAGGAUUCUCGCGGAUGAUAUAAAGAGUAGCUUGAAUAAAAACUGUUGAGGUGUCUUUUA